GGGGAGGAGAGAGGACUUGAAGGGUAUUUCCAAUUAUUUAAGCCCAGCAACUUUCACUUCCCAUUUCUGUGUUUCAAAAAGUUUCUAAGGAACACGACAGUCUUUAUAGAGCCCGUGCUAGCGCCAGGUGGAACAUCCCUACUUCACAGUCACCAAGCAGAGCAGCAAAAGAGCUAACACAAUGGAGGAUGACAGGAGCGACCUUCUCCCCACUGCAUACGCUGGCUCGGUGGGACAGCUGCCACGGAGUUCUUGCAGCCGUGGAACUGUCUACACUGCUUUCUCCAUUCUAGUGGCUUUGCUCCUUGCUGGCCAGGCAGUUACUGUCUUCUUUGUGUAUCAGCACCACAACCAGAUUACCAAGAUAAGCAAGACCAACCAGGAACUGAAACUGCAAUCGCUGACCAAUAACCUCGCUGACAACUCCAAAUCAGUUAGCCAGAGGAAGAUGUCGAUGGCCAGUAUGAUGCCUCUGUUCAUGAGGGACCCAUCUGCAAAGUCUUUGGAGGAUGAACUCAAGCUGACCAACAGCACUGAAGACCAGGUCAAACGCCUGCUCAUGCAGGGAAACCCUCUCAUAAAGUUUCCUGAAUUGAACAACACCUUCAUGGAAAAUAUAAAUUAUCUGAAGACACGCAUGGAGUAUGAGGACUGGAAGGCUUUUGCAACCUGGAUGCACAAGUGGCUGCUCUUCCAAAUGGCCCAGAAUGAGAUCCCAGAAGAAAAAGUGAAAACCAAGUGCCAGAAAGAAGAAUGUGGUAAGGGUAUCCAUCCAGGAAGAUUCUGUUCCCAAUGUGAUGAAAAGGGCGACUAUCUGCCUAAGCAAUGCAAUCACAGCACUGGCUAUUGCUGGUGCGUCUACAGAAAUGGCACAAUGGUUGAGGGCACUGCUAAAGUCCGUGGACCACUGGACUGCACUGGAAAGGUGGACACUUUGGAUCCUGAAAAUGUGACAUAUUCGGGGAUGAUCUUCACUAGCUAAAUGAUCAAG